AUGUGGUGCGAUCUAUCGGAUGGAUCUUCAGCGUCAGAUUCUUCGUCCUCCAGUAGUUCUUCAUCAUCUUCCUCUUCAUCGUCAUCAGGGAGUGAGUCUUCCUCAUCGGACACAGAGAACUCGUCCACAAGCAACCCCAAGAGUGGUCGAGCAUCAACGGACUCGGAGAAAAAGAAAAUUAAGAAGAAGACAGAAGGAGUAGUUAAAACUAAGAACGAACCUGUGGAAACAGAGGCUGCUAAAAGCAAAGAGAAACCUAAACGACGAGCAUCAAAUUCAGCUCAGAAAGUAAUUCAAGUGUAUUCUUCAGAGUCCGACGAUGGAAAAUCUAAGCGGAAACCUCCCACCAAACCUAAAGCUUCUGCAACUGUUACGCCUAUUACCAAACCAACCAAAUUGGCUCCUAAACCUCCCAACAAAAAGCCUUUGCCUGCAGCCAAACAGACUCACAAAGCUGUUGCCAAAGAACCAAAUAAAAAUGUAACGGUUAAAGCAGAAGCUCAAAAAAAGCUGGUUCCAAAAACUAAAAGCAUAUUCAGUCCAGAUAACAGCAGUGAAAGUGACGAUAAUGCAGCAAAUCCUCCUCCGCCUAAGUUGACAGCAAUGAAAACUGCUGCUACUGCUGCUGUUAACAAGGCUGCCAAACCCAAGCCGAAGACUAAAAAGGAAACCUCUCGUACAUCCUCGGAUAAGUCCAGAGCUAGCUCUGCCACCUCGAAUAACUCAUCUGCGUCUUCUAAUUCUUCGGGCAGCAGUUCAGACUCGGAGUCGAGUGCUGAUUCAGCUAGGACGAAUCGCACAACACGAACAGCAAGAAUCAAACCCACACCGGUGGCUAAACCUCGGGGCGUCGGGCGACCGAGGAAGAAACCUCCUCCAAGCUUGCCUGCGCCACCGCCUGUAGUGAGCGACAGUGAUCCUAACAACACUCCAUCCAUCACCACACGCAAACAGACUCGGUCAGCUAGCGCGCGACGCAGCAAACACCUCACCGGCCGCACUCCCAGCGAAAGCGAGACUGAGUCUGAGAGCAAGACGAGUAUGACCAAGUCCCCAGUGAAGAAGGCAGGGCCUAAAGGUCCAGCUUCUCAGAGGAAACCGAAAACUAGUCCGGGGUCAUCGGAGAGUGGUGGGGGGAGAGAGAUGGUGGAGGAGGAGCGACGUUGUCCGCUCGAUCAGUGCGACUCUCUCGGGCAUCUGAGCGGCAAACUGGCUCGGCACUUCACACUUGAGGCGUGUCCUUUGUACCACAACAAGACUUCUCAACAGUGCAAGGAUGCUUACCAGGAGCAUACGAAGCGAGACGAGGAGCGUAAGAAGGCUGCAAGUUUGCUCAAGUCGAGUCACGCCAACAAUCCGACGCCAGACCAGAAAGCUUACCGGGACCUGGUGAAGGAGUUGCGCAGUAAGACGGUAGAGAGUGACAAUGAGGACAGCUCCAGCAGUGACCCGACCAUCGCCAGCAUCAAAGAGAGAGAGCCGAACCUCAACAAGUGUGCACCCAAGUACGACCUCAGACUGUUCCAGGAGGCACAGGCACUCGCCUCAGAAACUAUUGAGGAAGACCUGAAGGGGCUGCCCAACGUGAAGGGCACCAAGUGUAUAGAGAUGGGCAGGUUUGAGAUGGAGGUGUGGUAUCAGAGUCCGUACCCUGAUGACUACGCUAGGCUACCCAAGCUGUACCUAUGCGAGUAUUGUCUUCGCUACAUGAAGAGCAGAGUAACACUGGACAGACAUGCCAACAAGUGUGUGUGGAGACAUCCGCCAGGCGAGGAGGUGUAUAGAAAAGAGAAAGUGUCCGUUUGGGAGGUGGAUGGCAAACGGUACAAAUCGUACUGUCAAAACUUGUGUCUCCUCGCCAAGUUCUUCCUGGACCACAAGACACUGUAUUACGAUGUGGAACCGUUCCUCUUCUACGUCAUGACAAUAGCAGACUCGGACGGAUGUCAUACUGUCGGCUACUUCAGUAAGGAGAAGAACUCGUUCCUAAACUACAACGUCUCGUGUAUUCUCACUCUGCCACCUUACCAGAGACAAGGCUACGGAAGGCUACUCAUCGACUUUAGUUAUCUACUGACCAGGGUGGAAGGCAAGAUAGGCUCCCCAGAGAAGCCUCUGUCUGACCUGGGCCUCAUCUCCUACCGCAGCUACUGGAAGGACGUCCUACUGGAGUACCUCUGUAACCUGGGAGGCAAGACUCUGUCCGUUAAAGACAUAAGUCAAGAAAUGGCCAUAAAUUCCUACGACAUAGUCAGCACUCUCCAAGCUCUUGGUAUGAUGAAGUAUUGGAAAGGGAAGCACAUCAUUCUAAAGAAACAGGAUGUGAUAGAGGAGUAUGUAGAGAGGACCAAGCGGCGGGGGCCUAGCUACAAGGAGAUAGACCCCGCCUGUCUCAAAUGGACCCCGUUUGUGGCCCCCCACAACCCAGCCAGCACAUGAAGGCAACAGUUGGCACAAGGGGAGCUGUCCAGCUGAGCCCUUGUGUCUGCCCAUGCAGAGAUAUCUGCCAGACUAUGGAACAAGCCUGCGUCUGCCGUCCGCUCCUUUUAUCUUUUCUGAUCCACUGAGUGUUCUGAACCAAAGUAUCUCACAAGUCAACACAUUUACAUCUACUUGUUUUUCUCUAGGACCAAAUGUUUUUGGAAUCAAUCUUCUCCAUGACACUACGCUUUAUGAGUGAGGCUGAAUUAGUGAAUAUAGUGCUUAUCCAUUAAUCUAGGGAAAAGUCAGUAGCUUUUUGAUGGUUCAAAACUGGGCACAGCUGUUUUUGAUC